GCUGGAGACAGUCUAAAGCCGCAAUGGGAGUUAACGCAUCCAAGUUUCAAGAGUUCCUGCUACCGGUGUCGCUGCACUAAACAAAGACUCCGAUUUCUGCUUUCUCCCUCCCUUUCUUUCUCUCUCUCUCUCUCGCUUUCUCUCUCCCCCUCUCUUUCUGUGUGUGAGAGAGAUCUUCUCUGCGCUUUUUUUUUUGUUUGGUGCGAGGCGUUUCUCGCACAGGAUGUUGAUGAUUUUGGAAAGCCGGGUAAGAUCAUAAAGUCAGUUCUCUCUGAUGAGAACGACCUCCACCUCACCGCCACUACACAAAGGGAAGCACGGUGCAAGUGUUUUUAUUUUUUAUUUUUAAACAACCUCCUUCUCGCGGAUUUAUUUCAUAUUUUUUUAUUUUUUUUGCCCGAAUGUCAUUAAGAAGCAGAGGAGGCUGUUUCAAAGACAGAAUGGAUCACUUUGCAGCAGAGUGCCUUGUUUCAAUGUCCAGCCGUGCAGUUGUUCACCCCCCUAAGGGCAACAGGGAGAUUAAACCGGAGAUCCCAACCUCUUCCAGGACAGGGGAAGAAAUAAAGGAGCCCCUGGUGAAGGAGAACUCCUCGAUUUUCGUGGUGGCGAGGAUCCUGGCGGAUUUUAACCAGCAGACACCCAACGGCGUUGCCGAGCAGGCAAAGAUAAAGGAGGAGAGCACGCCGAACCUGAGAGAGGAUGGAAACUCUGCCACACCUACCGCCACCUCCGAUCCUGCGCUCAGACAAAGAGGCAAGAGAUCGAGAGGUCGGACAGAGCAGGAGCCACCUCAGAAAAAGCACAAAUGCAACUAUUCUGGCUGUGAAAAAGUUUAUGGCAAAUCCUCCCACCUCAAAGCUCAUCUAAGGACACACACAGGUGAACGGCCCUUUCCAUGCACCUGGCCCGACUGCAGUAAAAAGUUUGCCCGUUCUGAUGAGCUGGCCCGCCAUUACCGCACCCACACGGGAGAGAAGAAGUUUGGCUGUCCACUUUGCGACAAGCGCUUCAUGCGCAGCGACCACCUGAUGAAGCAUGCCAGGCGCCACUCAGAUUUCCAGCCUGGCAUGUUGAAGAAGCCCCACGGUGGCAACGCCACGCGCCCCAGUUCUCUCAGCGACUACAGCCGCUCGGAUGCAUCCAGUCCCACCAUCAGCCCCACCCUCAGUCCAGCCAGCUCGCCUUAAACUGAAACCUGGUCGCACUUUUCAGGCCCACAGAUGUGAGGCCUGCAAUUUCAUCAUAACACUUCUGUUGCACAGUUGUCAGCAACCCGCUACCCCCCUCCUUUGCUAUUCCUGCGCUUGCUGUGGUGUACCAUACUGUACAUAAGUGCUUAUUGUAGUGCAAUUACUUGUGUGAUCCUAAAAGAAGAUAAUGCCUUUCCCAGAUGGCGAUAUCUCCAUUCUGUACCACAUGUCUGUAUUUUUUAAGCUUCUGACUAUGGCUAGUUGUUUAUUGUAUAUUCACAGUUUAGAAGAAGGAAAACAAAACAGACACCAUCUUAUGUCUUCUUAAAAUGUUUUGAUUUUAACAGAUUUUUUAUUGAAUGGGUUAGGAGAAGGGGUUCACACACACACACACCUCAGGAUUGAAGACAGUUGUUUUUCUGUAGUACCACAGUACUCAAGAGUACUCACAUUGACUGCACAAUAUACUCAUCACUUUAUUCGAAAAUUCAACGGGGAGUUGAAUUUUACGCCCUGCUCAGGGAUGGCCUUGUUAGCUUGAAAGAAUGAACAUGGUGAAGAGAAACAUACAGUACAUACUAUACUCCAGCCUUACACUCAACACAAUUUGCACUCUAUGCUUUGUUUGUUGGCUUUCAGAUUUGAAGAAAUGCUGUCAUUUUGCUAAGCUUCAGUUUGUGUUCUGUCCUACGUCUAAAGUGGAGGUCAAAUGCAACUCUUCUUUUCUGAGAAAACAAUCAUUGAACCUGCCAUGGAAAACAAAUACAUCAGUGCUAAUACUUUUUGACAUUACACUGGGUAUUAGCUGUGUACUGCAUUUAAAAGUUCUAGCAGUGCAAAUUGUGUGAAUCUACAUUUUCGGGCGGAUUGGGAUUAUAUUGGGUUAAUAUAUUUUUUAUAAAUGUACAUAGAUUUUAAAAAAACCCAACUGAACCUUUACACACUGAGAAUGAAGUUUAAAAGCAGCUGUUGAUGCCUAACAGUAACAGGGUUCCUGCAAGUUUCAGUAAGUUCAAUGAAAUGCUUUUGAAGACUAUUUUGGUUUGCAUUAAAGGCCUGAUUUAUAAGGAAUACCUUACAAACCCAUUUACUUAAAAGCUUGUAAUAAGCUUAAUUGUUAGCUUAAGAAACAUAAACACAGCAUUAUUAACUUUAGUUGGUGUUUCCCAGCUCUUGGAUGUGUGUUGAGUUCCUUUACAUUAAGUCUACUCAACCCUUCAAUGCAUUUUUGGAGUUAAUGAAGUACAUGAAACUCUUUUAAAGUCAACAAAUAACUCAGUUUCAUGAGCUAUAGUGUAAUCUGUCAAAACAAACUAGAGAUUAUUAUUGUCAAAACCAUAAAAUCUAGACAAGUGAGCAGGAGAAUGAAAAGUCACUGGAGAUGAAAGGUCAAAAUUAGAAGGUCUGUGGAGUUCCCUGCAGUAUAUUGUAAGCUUCAGAGAAAUUACUGAUGUCAGGUUUUAGCCAAACUAAAAUCCUUGUUUUCACACCAAACCUCUUUGAGUAAAUACUUUCUUAUGACGAAGGAGCUAGUUGUGGAUAACAACAAGAAUUCUUAGAUUUUGAUUAUCUAAACAUUCAAUGUUAAGGCCAAAUAAUACUUUAUGGGGUUUGAAGUUUUACCACAGCAUGAAAACAAUAACAAGCAUAGCUAUGGCUUAACUCAUUAAGUGAGGUAAGGCAUAGCUAAAUGUAUUUUAGGAUUGAAUCUGAAAAAAAAAAAUCAGGCAAGAUUUAAGAUUUAAGGCCUAAACUUGAGAUAGCUGAAAGUUGACCUUUUGAAAGCCUUGCAAAAACCCUGAUUACCCUAAUCAGCACACAUUUCUCUUAAAAUGGAGACAAAACAACUUCAGAAGCAGCGAGAUAUUUCCACCUCAUCAAGCACAUAGGAGAAUGUACCAAAGAAGCGCUUCUUAUUCAGUGCUGUCGAGAACAUCGAAGGUAGAGUCACACACUCAGUCACUUCCUCCUGGCUCAAGUUCCCUGGAGGAAACAGCUGCACCCAAAAGAAGACAUUCCCACCCUGCUGGAGGUAGUGCUAGGAUGUUCUCAGCUGAAUUACAUUAGUAUUGCCUAAUUAGGAGGUCAGACGUUGGCUAGCGCAAUUGUCUGAUCUGAGCUGAGGGAACAAAGCAGAUAUCAGCAACAAACAGGCAAGAGAGGGCAGGUCUUGAUAAAAGAGGAGAGGUUUUAUCACAAGCCGAACAGCACAAAGGAGGAGACACACAGAAGCAGACACCCCCCCCAUUUCCUCCUCCCUCCAACUGUAGAAACAGCCAGCAGAAAAAUAGCUGUAAUUGGUAGCUUGAUCUGAACUGCAGGAUAAGAGGAAAUGUGUACGAACAAGAGCUGUUUGUAGACAGCACUAGCAGCGUGGGUGGGAAGUGCCUGACUCCAUCCAAAGCACAAACAGAAUUCCUUCUCAUACAAGCCGGAGAAUCAGAUUUCACAAUGCAGAGGAAACCGUCACUCUGGGCUUGCACUGAUAAACCUGAGCUUCCAAACAGCUGCUUUCAAACUUCCUGUCUCUUUACAAGUUGGGAGGAUUUGGGGACUUUCAAAGAGUUGCAAAAACAUCAAAACCAACAUCAACAUAUCAGCAAAUUGCAGCGCUCACCAGACUAAUGUCAACCCAGCAUUUGAAGCUCAAAUGUCACUAUGAAAAAGCUGACAGACAUGCCUCAGUAAGUUGGGCGAAAGUGGAAACAACCACCGCUAUCAAAACUGCUGCACCCCUGCCGGUCUCUAUGUUAUGCCCGCACUUUUUAAGUGCUUCACUGCUGCAUUUGGAUCCACAUCCAUGUUAUUCAGACUCCUUCAGACUUACUGCCAUCAGAGCUAACUGGAGCUGUAUCUUGCGUUCGACGCCACAUGCAUGUUAACUUUGCUCUGAAAGCGAGGAGUAUUUCCUUUUUUUCCUUUGAGUUGGUCUGGCAGGUGUAAGUUCAUGAAUGUCAGGCCUUGUCCCUUUUCCUCAACUGCAGCCAUCUUCUCUUUAAAGUCAAAAUGAAUCCCCCUCUCAUUCUCCCCUAUUUAGCUUGAAAAGCAAUGAAUUUAUCUCAAAACACAAUCCUUUGUAUGAUGUUAAAAUAGUUUGCAGGCUGCAAGAUGACACUUUGAAUGCCACUGAUCUGCAGCUCAAAGACAGAGGUGAGAGUUCACAAGUUUUUCUUGAAGUAACAACUGCUGUUGAUCAGCUUACCUUCUGUAUAUUCCUGUUUUGGGUAUAAUUUUUUGACUUGGUUUAAAGUGCUCACUUGCAAAAAAGAAAAAAAAAAAGAAAAAAGGAGAACAAAAUUACUCAUUAAUCAGUUUUUAAUCUAUAAUCUGCACAUUUUCCUCAGGGUCAACAUCUGCCAAGCAGAUAUGGGACAGUUUGUGGAUUUUGUUCUAAAACCAGUCGCCGCACACAUCAGGCUGCCUGUGGCUGCCCAUCGGUGGUCCUCGGUGCCCAGUGUUCACUGCUGGUCAGUGUGUGACCAUGCUGGAAACACAGGACCACCUCAGUGCAGCCCUUUUCGCCUAUUGCAUGUCUUGAUAACAUCGCACAGUCCUGCUAUCGAUCCACUCUGAAGCUGUUUUAACUUAUAUUUCCAUUUGAACAGAAAAGCCUGUACCUUCAGCCAGACUGCAAAAGUGACGUGUAGGCAUCCACAGACAGAGCGUCUCAAAAACCUUUAUUCUCACUGUAACUAAUGUACUUGAAUAAUUCCAACACGCAAGGCCAUUGAACACAAUUUUGUCUGAUUUUACUGUUCUUUGCUUUUGCUGUCCGAGCCUUUGAGAGAAAAAGGCAUAUAAUCGCCUGAGUUGUUUUUUAUUAUUAUUAUUAAUUUCUGAUUUUUUUCGUCAGUUCAUUUCAGUAACUGUUUUAGAGUUCAUCAAAGCUCGAGCUUUGAGCUUGUUUAUGUGUACAUUAAAAUUUUGUGCGCUAUGAACAGGGUUUUUUUUCCCCCCUGAGUACUCUGUUGAUGUCAGGGAUGCGGGUAAAUCCUGUUAUCUGCAAUUCCAAAAAGUUCCUUUAAUUCAUGAAAUAAAAAAAAAAAAUCUAAGCAAACUUUGGGGUGGAUGGGGAUUUCUGUUUGUUUUUACCUCUGUCUAAGUCAGUUUCAGAUUCAGUGAUUGAUUUCUUUUUAUCUUUCUUUAGAUUAUUUGAAAUGUUUUCCAUAUUAUUAGAGACCACAGAAUUGUGAGUUAGCAAUGUAGUCAUUAUUUGUAUUAUUAUUAUUAUUAUUAUUAUUAUUAUUAUUAUUAUUAUUAUUAUUAUUAUUAUUAUUAUUAUUGUUGUUGUUGUUGUUGUUGUGUGAGGUUGUUUUUAUUUUUUGCAGAAUUAUACCUCUUGAGAUAAUUGAAUUUUUAUUUACUUUCAUAUCUUUUCAGAGCAUCCAUCAUGUAGCUUAUGUUUGCUUAAUGAGUAGCAAAAAACAAAUUGUUGAUUUCAUUUAUUCCUACUUGAAUGAAGAAGUAGACAAAGAGUUUUUUUUUUUUUUUUUUUUUUUUUUCUGUAAAAAACUAAAACAAAAACACUGGGCUGCAUUUUACAUAACCGUUCCAUAUUGCCGGGUCCUGCAUGUAACUCAAAGUACAAGGAAAAAAAAAUCUUUCCCAGAAAAUAUUUGUAUAUUUUUAUUGUUUUAUACUAAGAAGCUGUUUGAGUAUCAAAGUGGUCCUAAGCAUUUACAUUCUUUUGACUUCAGAUCCAUAUUUCUGCUGAAGAUCACAUAAUUCUACAUGCAAGGAUUCUAAAAUACCGAUAAUACAUGUACAAAUUCAAGCAGCAAGGUAACAACUGAAAGUUCACAAUAUAUAUUUAAUUAAAGACAUCAGUGUGUUACUGAUCAAACAUCGUCAGCAGAAGUACAAGCAUGAUCCACGCAAUCGUGUGCCAAAACUAUAGCUGUAACUUCUUAAAGAGGAUACAAAUGUCGAGCAUAAAUACUCUAGCUUUUAUCAGACGUUAUAAAAAUAAUAAUCUUGUAUAGUUUUAUAUAGUGUUUGACCUGUCAAAUGUUAUGUACAGGAUUUGGUCAAGCAGUUCUGCUCUAAGUUAAAUGUUUCUGUUCUUUAUGCUUUAUGUGAGCAUUUUGCUUUGUGGAACUGUAUUGUUAUUGUCAUUAAUUUUGCUCCUUUUUGUUGUUGUUUCUGUUCAAUGCUGAAGCAGUGUAUAUUGCUUACUGCAGCUGUUUUUAACAUCUGAACAACUUUGAUGAUAGUCGCUUGUCCAUUCCAAAGGAUUUAAGAUUGCAUUUGCUCUGAAAGUGCUGCUCCCCUUGACCUGAUAUAUAUUGCUUUUUUUUUGGGUGUGUUUCUGAAUACAAGUGUGUCCUGACAGUAUACAAGGUACGUUUUCUAAUGUCCCACAUGCAUUAGACUAUGUUUAACCCAAUUUGAAUGAAUACCUACAAAAUGUAAAAGUUACAGAGCAUGUCUUCCCACUUGACAAAGACCUAAAGCUUUUGCAUUUCACAGUCGGGGUUUUUUCUUUUAUUUGUAUUUUUUAAGAGGCAGCCAUAUAGAGUUAUAGAAGGGUUGUUGAUCUUUGUUACCAAAGGCUCUGAAGGGAAAAGAAUGAAUGUUCGAGUAGUUUUGAGUCCAGCUCUGUUUUGACCGAUGGAGUUCAAAUUCAAUGUGUUGUUCUAGUUGAUAGAUGGAUGUCGUGCUUGACAUGGACCUUUUUCUACAUCUCAAGUAGACAACUUUUCUUUUCUUUUUCUUUACAAAGUAAUUUGAAUGAACUAAAGUCAUUCAGUCACCCAAGCCAACGAACUCAGAUUGAGUCUAAAAUGAACGAGACAAAAAAAACAAAAAAAAAAAACAAGCAGAUCCAAACUGUUGGUACUUUUAGUUUGAACUUGUCUGCUUGAAGAGACGGCGUGCAACAUCUGUUGCUCACUGCAGAAAAAGUCUGUUGAAUAAUGUCUGUCCUUUAAGGAUUAGCUCGUUUCAGGUUAUGCAGCAUACAGUGGUGUCAAUGACCUCUUUGACAAACAGAGAGCCUCUCACCAGCCUUUUCGGUUCUGUUUCUUGUACCUGUUUGUCUUCAGUGUACCUCCUCAGUGUAAUGUUGCUCUCUUGAUACCUCUGUGUGUUUUUUCCUCUGCACCCUCACCAUCAGUUGCCUGUUGUAGUGACUCCAUGGUGCUGCUUCCCCCUCUUAUAGCACCAUUAUAAUCUGUUCUGUAAAUAUCUCUCAGCUCAGCUAUGGCCAGUACAUUCCUCUCAAUGACCUCACUUAAAACCUUCAGGUGACUCUGUUAUUCUAUUUUUAUUGUGUUUUGUUUUUCCUCAGCAAACCAAAAUCACUACAUUCAAGUAUUACAGCUGUACAGUUCAAUGAAUUCAACACACAUGUAAUGUGCUGGUCUUAGCUGCUCUAUUGUAUCUUUUUAUGGCAUUAUUUUUUACAUGUUAGACAAUAUAUUGUGACCAUGUCCUAUGCAAAUAUGAGAAAUAACAGAUUGUUGAAUAAUGUAUGUUGUCAUAACUUGUAUGCAUGAAAUAGUGAGUUUACAUUUGGAAAUAAAUUCAUAAAAUAA